AUGUCAAGGCCAGAAGCCAACUCAGACGGUGGUGGUGCGAGGCACGACGCUUUCUCAUCGAACAGUGAUGACACCGCUCCACCACUGAGCAAUGAAAUGACUGUCGAGCCACGUUUUGUUCAUCCUGAGGCGAAAGAGUUCUUCUCAAACAAGGGCUUUCUGCGAUACAUUCCCUUGUUUGGGGAGGCAGUGGAGGGAUAUGGUCCCAAGCCAGUAUUUUCCCUUGCUAUGUCGUACUUCAUGUGCAAGGGUGUGUCAGACUAUUUGGUUAGUUUGUCUCUCUUUGCAAUGUUUACGCAGCGGUACGGGUUGGAUGGCACAACUUAUCAGCGUUUGGAGAAUGUGUCUAUGUUGGGUUGGUCUAUUAAGCCCCUUGCAGCUGUUGUAAGUGAUAUGGUUGCAUUUUUUGGAUACUCCAAACGAUGGUACAUGUUUGGUGCGUGUAUUGUUGGCGCCCCACUUUCCCUUGUAUUCGGCUUACUACCUGCUGCUUCCUCGAGCGCUCAGGUGGCUGCUGGGCUGGUGUUUGUAAACUGCUUCACCAAGGCUACUGUGGACAUUUUACUGGAAGGGCACUACAGCCGUAUGAUGCGCCGUGUCCCUGGCCCUGGUCCAGCACUCGUUAGUUGGAUUUGGGUUUUUAUCAUGGCCGGCUCACUUGUGGCCACGGUGAUCGUGGGUCCUUUGGGUGAUGCCGGAUACCCGCAAGUUGCCGCGUUC